AUGGGAGCGGUUCUGGCGGCUCCCGUCACCUGGGGGAAGAGUGCGGAGGGGGGAACUCUCGCGCCCCCUAUUCGCCUGCACCCUCAGGGAGCGAGAGAAAGAGGGUGCGGGGCGAGGUCACGACAGCCCGAGCAACCCCGGGUGGGCGCACACAGAGCCUGUACGCUCAUCGGCUCCCCUCCUUUCGCAGACUGCGCGCCCCGGCCCCCGGGGCGCCCCGACACCUGGGCCAGGCGGUGGCGGCGGCGCGCGCACGCGCACUCCGCGGCCCCGCGCCCGCUCCUCAACAUUCCGCUCCACGUGUUGCUUGUUGUAGGCGCCACAGGUUCCCCACCUGCGCCCGGGCGCUCGGGGCGCUCGGCCCCCGCCCUCGGGCGUUCGGGGCCGCGGGCUUGGCGCGCCGCCGGCGGGCCCGAUGAGUUCGGCGGGCGCUCGGGCUCCCCGCCGGCGCUAACUCCGCCUCUCUCAUCCCGGCGGCUCCCUCGCCGCGGGUCCACCUCCCGGCUCCCGCCCGCCCCCUUCGCCCGGGCGGUAGGAAACACUCCUGUGUCUAACUCGACGUGUCCGGAAAGCCGCGGCCAGUUUCCCUUUCGUUCUGCGGCCGCCGCCGUCCGCCGCGCGGCUGCCGGAGCCCCUUGGGCGCAAGCCGCCGGGGGUGAGGCGCCUGGGGGCCGCGGGGCCGGGCUGCCCGGCGGCCGGAGCACCAUGCUGGACCCAUCCUCCAGCGAAGAGGAGUCGGACGAGGGGCUGGAAGAGGAGAGCCGCGAUGUGCUGGUGGCGGCCGGCGGCUCGCAGCGAGCGCCAGCGGCCCCGGCUCGGGAAGGGCGGCGGGAAGCGCCGGGGCGCACGGGCGGCGGCGGCGGAGGCGCGGCCAGACCCGGGAGCCCGAGCCCCUCGGUGCUCAGCGAGGGUCGGGACGAGCCCGAACGGCAGCUGGACGAGGAGCAGGAGCGGAGGAUCCGCCUGCAGCUCUACGUCUUGGUGGUGAGAUGCAUCGCGCACCCCUUCAACGCCAAGCAGCCCACGGACAUGGCCCGCAGGCAGCAGAAGCUUAACAAGCAACAAUUGCAGUUACUAAAGGAACGGUUUCAGGCCUUCCUCAACGGGGAAACCCAAAUUGUAGCCGACGAAGCCUUUUGCAACGCAGUUCGCAGUUACUAUGAGGUAAAUUAG